CUGCCUUUACACCUUUCUCUACUUUACAUCUUCAUCUCUGAAGUUAGUUCUUUUCCAUCCCAUGCUUUCUUUCAGUGUGAAUCUUAUAAUCUAAACUUUGUGAACUCCAUUAAAGGGUUUUAUACGUCCCCUGUUUCCGGCAAUUCCAUAAAGUUGUCAGCUUUUGGUUGUGGCUCAUCACGUGUUUGUUUGUUGUAAGAGUGCUCAAUAGCUUGGCGUUUGAAGUUUGCUGUCCAUUGGACAUGCCGCCUAGAAAAAAACCUCGCCGCCAGUCUACUGUUCCACCAGACUCAUCACCAGGCUCAUCACUAACGUCAAAUAACAAUCAUUUUUAUCAGUCGUCAGCACAGCAAACUGACGGUACACACAAAACAGUCAUCUACAUUCACACAACGAUGUCUUCCAAGCGUCUGUCUAAUAUGAAAGAACAUGACAAACCAGAACCAAUUGAAAUACGGGUUGUGAAAACAUGGAUACCAGUGGGCAAAAAACAAGAGCCAUCAUCUAAAAGCCAAACUAAAAGCCAAAGUCAGGAGCUCUGUUACCUGUUCGUUGACAAACACGGUGACGCUAUUGAGGCAAUAGCAGACCAAAAGGAACAAGCAUACUUUGACUCAAUCAUCAAAGUUCAGUCAUGCUACAGGGUCAACAAUUACAUAGUAGUUGAGUCAAGAAAGUAUAUGCCAACCGUACAACACAGCGCUUCCCUCAGAAUUGGAAAAAGAGCAAGAUUUGUUCCCUUAUCCGACACCAACAUACCAACCCAGUACUUUAACUUCGCUAAUUACGAGGAAGUCAAAAGUCGAUCAGGGUCAACGAAGUUACUCACAGACUUCAUAGGUCGAGUCAAAAAGCACUGGCCGAGUACCACAAGAACAAACAAAAGGCUACGAAAGAUUGACAUGGAAGAUGACAGAGAAAAUCCAAUUGAGAUCACUUUAUGGCCAGAAAAACGCGACCUCAUCGGGAAUGAGACAAUACCUGGCGAUAUUCUGGCAAUCACAUCAACCUUAGUCACUGACUUCAACGGUUCUAAACAGUUGGAAUCAACAAAUGCAACAACCAUUUUUGUCAAUCCAACAUUCCCAGAGAUACAACAUCAUGUUGACAGGCUGAAAGCAUCACUGGCAGGAAAGACAAUACAGCCCGCAGAGAACACAGUGACAGUCCAAGAGCUUAAAAACAUAUCAGCAAACAAAACUGUCAACGUACCACAGUCCCGCUUCACCUGUCAUGCACAGAUAAAAGAGAUCUAUGCGUCCCGUAAAUGGUACUAUGUCCAAUGCUCUUUGUGUACAAAGAAGUUGUAUCAAGAAAAAAGUGAUUCAAUCCACUUUGUAUGUGAGGAUGAUGAAAACCCACAACCGAAGUACAUGUACUGUGUAAACGCAUCGAUCAUUGAUGCAACAUCGUUCACUGAUGUGGUAUUCUUCAACGACGUCAUGACUGACAUGUUGGGUACUACCUGCGAAGAAAUGAUUAUCAAGCAAGGAUACACAGAUCCCAAGAUACUUCCAGACCCAAUCGUUGAGAAAAUUGGUAAUCACAUGACAUUUAACCUGACCGUAAAGGACAAAUCAAUUGUUGUCAACAAGGCAACUGAUGCUACCAAUGGCGACACUACACCAACUGAUCCUCAUACGAUCACUACACCACCAAAGGCCCUCAUGUUACCCCCACCAACACCAAACCGCAAGACCACUACGACUAAAAGGGCACUCCAGCAUUCACCAGACAAAGGUUCUGGUGAAAAACAAGCCAAAUACUAGAAGCCUAAUCUGCUAUGCGGCAAGCAUCCUUUUGGGAAGGUCUAAUCUUUUGUACAACGCUUGCCAAUGCAGAAAAAAAAAGUUACAUUUUGUAUGCUAUACAAAAAAACCCCAGUUUUAAGGCCUGGUGAAAUCCCUUUUGGGUAGUGCUUCUACGGUUCAGACCUUUUGUACAACACAUGCCAAUGCUAGAAAGUAGUAUUGAAGAAACACAAGUGCAGGUCCCUUUUGGUCAUAAAUUCUUCAAGUUAAACUUUUGUACAACACCUGCCACUACCAGAAGGAAGGCCAUACCUGCGACUACAAGAAAGAAGCAACGUUUUGUGUGUCAUAGAUCACAGUUUGUUUGAAUAUGCAAUGUGCUAAAAUAUGUAAUAUGACGUAGCAGCCUACACUUCUUUGUACUACAUGAACUAUGUGUUUAACUUUAUCUUCAAUGAUAUAAAAUUAGACCUUUUAAAAA